AUGUACAUAUCUGUUUCUGUGUCUCUUGGUGACCAGGAACAGCAAGAAGGUCUGUGGAUGCAGUGUGUGAAGCAGAGCACUGGGCAGCAGCAGUGCAAAGUGUACGACUCCAUGCUGGAGUUAUCGUCUGACCUGCAGGCCGCCCGAGCCAUGAUCAUCAUCAGCUGCAUGCUCAGCGGCCUCAGCGUCCUCGUCCUGUUCUGCGGCGCCGACUUCACCACCUGUGUGCAGAACGAAGACGCCAAGCCCAAAAUCUGCCUGGUGGCCGGGGUGGGCCUGCUAGUGGGCGGCUACCUGGUGAUCAUGCCGGUCAGGUUGUCGGCUCAUAUUACUGCGAGGGACUUCAACAACCCCUACAUACCAUAUUUUAGGAAGAGAGAGGUGGGAGCGUGCAUCUACAUCGGCUGGGCAGCUGGUGUGCUGAUGGUUCUGGCCGGAGGUCUGCUCUGCUGGUUCAGCAGACCCAAAUCUGGGUCUGAACCGCCAAAGUAUUAAAGCUUCAGCUCCAAA